UUGAUCAAAAUACACCAAUGAAAAUCGUACCAACUUUUCCGAAGGGGCCAAGGAUCUCCGAACAUUGACCUGAAAGCGACCAAUCGCGGAUCAUUUUACAUUUUAUUUCCGAUAGAUGGUGUAUUCUGGGCUACGUGUGUGAGGAUGGAGAACACGCUAGCAAAGAAAGGAUGGCACCUCACUUCUAAUGGAUUACAAAGAUGUAAAGACGGCCUUCCUAUUGGCAAUGCAGACGCAGUCAUCAAAAAUGCUCUUAACAUUGACUUGCGUCACAUUGGUGACAAGUUCCUGCCAGCUGAUAUCAACAAGGGCAAGAUGGAUGCUUUACAAGGACCAUGUGUGCUACAAGUGUUAAAAGUUCGGAACAUCGCCGCACCGAAGAUCAAUGAAGGGUCAACAUUUGCUCCGCGGAUGAUAAAGGUCUCAUUAACAGAUGGCCAUACAACUUGCACCGCUUUAGAAGUUGAACCAAUACCAAAAAUUAGUGUGGAAACGGCUCCCGGAACCAAGCUUCAUCUUUCUGGGUCAAUUCCAAUGCACCGAGGGUUUCUUUUGCUUAAUGGGGGCAACACUAAAUGCCUUGGAGGCAAAGUCGAAGAACUGUAUUCAAAAUGGCAGGUUGCGAAGAGCUUAGCGACUCAUAGUCGGUCAACACGCCAAGAUGGUGGCCCGCCCCCAUGGGUUGAAUUUGGGCAAGGUGUGCAAAUGGGUGUUCAGAGAAUGGGUGGCAGAAGGGGAGACUUGAAGAAGUCACUGGAGUCUCAGAGGGAGCACACGGAACUUGAUAAGGAGUUUGAGGAACAGAGGAAGGCCACCAUUCAGGAACUGACCAAAAAUAAACAAGACAAGUCUCUUGGUGUUGGCAAGGUGAACACAGCGGACAGGGGACGGCAAAAGGAAAACCGAAACAGCGGUCCAGUGGAUCGAAAUAAUAGGGAAAGUGGAGGGAAAUUCCAGAAACCAAAACAUGAGGGGGUUUAUAGGGAGCUAAACUACAAGCCAAAUUUGGUUAAUGACAAAGAUGUGCGGAAAUUAGUGGAUAUGGGCUUUACCAAAGAUGUUUCCACCACAGCUUUGAAAGCCCAUAACGGUAACUUUGAUGAAGCGUUGGACUCUCUGAUAUUAGAGUCGAGCUUCGGAAGUAACGGACCGAGGCAGGGAAGACAAUCCUGGUCUAGCAAUGGUAAAACUGAAUAUAGGAGAGGAGGUCGAGAUGAGGAUCAUAAUCGGCGAGAUGAUUUUUCGAGGAGGGAUAACGACAACAGGUGGAAGGACAACGACACCAGGAGAAAAGAUAGCGAUACUCGUAGAAAUGGAGAUGAAUAUAGAAGACGUGAAAGGGAUGAUGUUAAGAAAGGUGGAAGACGCAAUAGGAAUGAGGAGGAGGAAGAAGAUGGUGGCAGCAGACCAUCUGGUCCAUCCACGUUGUUUGAUUUUCUGGCAACCAAACUAGGUGGCGAGACAAAUAGCACAGAAAAAUCGAAGCCGACUAGAAAGAUUAAUUCAGAUUAUGAACAGCCGGCAUCAGUGAAAGAGGCAGGAAUAACCUUCCAACAUCGAACAUCAAGACGACAGACAGACGAUGGAGGUAAUGGCCGAGAAGAUGACCAUAAGGGCGGCCAAAGAACUGGAGCAAGAGAUUCCCGAAACAAAAACUGGCAGGAUAAUCUACCACCUCGCUUCCGAAAGGAUCAAUCUAAUUCCCUCCCUAGUAGCUCUCGUAGUUCACAUCACGAUUAUGAUCAUGAAGAUGACCGCCAUUACGCUGAUUAUGACAGGACUUCAUACAAUAACGGCGGCCAUAGGUCACAUCGUCAUGGAAACUAUAAUAAACAAUCUGAUCACGAGCAUUCAAAUAGUGACAGGCAGAGAAAUUAUGAAAAGCGAUCUAAGUUCAAGGAUCAGAGGUCAUACGAUUCCUCACGAAAACACGAAAGACCAGCGAGUUAUAACGGAGACGAUUAUUAUGACCGCUCAUCAAAUCAUCCAAGGCAAAGACACUACAGAAACGAGGGGCAGGAUGGUCAAAAUAAGAACUGGAAUACAUACAAUCAGGGGGGCGAGGGUGAACUUAAUAGUCCGACUGCCCAAACAGCCUUAGUAUAUGAACAACCGUCGCAACCCAUUACGAUGGUUCAGCCACAAAUGGUAGCAGUGUUCCAGUGGAAGCCUGGGGAUUCAUGUUUGGCAAUGUGGAAUGAUGGUGUGUUUUAUCCGGCUAUAAUUCAAAACAUAGAUCCGACCGGACAGAAUUUUGUUGUGUACUAUGAAGAUUACGGAGACUAUGCCAAUAUACAAGUUGGCGACCUACGGCCAUAUCUUGGACAGUGGCAGACUACACAGUUGAUGUAUUCAAACUCCAUGAGUCAGCCUGCACCGGCACAGGUCAUGGAUAGCUAUCAGGGACCGCUCUCAGGUACGCUAGAAGUCCGGCGAGGGGGGCAAGGUUUGAAAAGGUUCAAUGUACCUCCAAGGGAGAAAAGAGGAGCACGGCCAUCCGCACAGGUUUACACCCCUCCUAGCGGUAGAAGUUGAUGACAGUAUAGACCGGUUAAGAUUUUGGUGAGAGAAAUUAACUCUGACCAUGAUUUCCAUGAGGUCAAGGUUCAGAGUUCAUAAGGAUAGGCAUUAAAGUAUUCCAGAGAAACCAAACAUAUCUUGUUUUGUAAUGAUGCAAAAUUGAUAUCUGAUAUUGCUACAGUAUACACUGCCAGGGCAGAGCCAACUAGUAUAGGGGAGUGCAUGAUUGAUGAAAUGGUUGAUUGAUGGAUGGAAUGAUUGAUUAACAAGAUUAAUAUAUUGAAUGGUUAGUUGAUUAUGAUGAUUGGUUGAUUAAAUGUAUAAUUAUCUAAUUGACUGGUCAAUUGAAAAUGAAUGAUUGAUCAUAGAAAUGAAUGAAUGAUUAAUGAUUAAGUGAUUGAUUAAUUAUUCAAUUCAAUAAGUGCAUGAUUGACUAAAUAAGCAAAUGAAUAAAUAAUUGAUAACUGAUCAAUUGACUGGGAAUGAUUGAUUGAUUGAAUGAAUGACUGGUUGGUUGGUUGACAUGUUGACUGAUUGAAUGAUGGAAGAUAAGGAAUUGUGAUUGUUCAUGGUACAUGUCAUACAUAUGAAUAUAAGAAAAUAUAUAAAGGUUGCCUAUAUAACUAUUUACCCCUUCCCAAUUUUCUUCACACCCUCUAUCCCACCCUCAAAUCCCCACCUCCUAUUUUUCUUACCAACUCUUAGAGGUGAUUGGUGUAAUAAAUCCAUCCCGUAAUAUCAUAACCUAAACUAAACAUAUCUUUUGAAAUUUUUGUUAUUUUAUAUACAGUAAAAAUGUAUUUAAUGGUACAACAUAUAGCAUAUUUUUUAGUGAACAAAAGCUGAAUUGUAUGAAGAAUUUAAUUUUAUGAUUUAUAUUUUGUCAUUCAUAAUGUUUUAUUUGGUGUUUGUGAUGUUUUAUGAUAAUUGUCUCCACACCUUGAAUAAUAAUUUUUAAAAACGAUGAAAAAUAAAUAGAAAAUUAAUUGGUGACUUUAAAUUUAAUUACAAUUUCAAUCAUAUAUCGCUUGCUUCGCUAAAUUAUAUGCAACUUGCUGUAGAUUUUUCAAUAAUUUUAGCUGAUUGAAUUUAAUAUCUAUCGAUUUCUUCAUGAUUUGAUAAUUCAGUGGCUUAUAGUAUUGAUAAGAUUAUUAUUGAUGUACUUUUUCAUAUUUCUGCAUCAGUGGUGAUGCCAGCAGGGAAAGGAGGAAUAUUCCGCCAUCGGACAGGCCUGGACCUACAGUCGCCCGAUACCAUAACGAGGUCGUCCGACCAAAAAUAUAAUUUCCCUAUCCAAAAAGUUAUUUUUGAUUGCCGAUUCCUAAUAUUAUGGUCUAAAAGCACAGUUUUGGGCCAUACUAAGCCAUAAAAACUCUCCCCCUAAACCCUACUAAGAAUUUUUAUUCCGGGACCUGAUCAAGGUUCUAGUCGGCCCCUUGGUUAGGACCAGUCAGCCCCUUGGUUAGGACCAUGCUGUUGGACAUGUCAAACCACCUCGUCAGCAAAUUUCUGGUGCCACCACUUUUCUGCACCAGUUGUGAUAUUUUUUAAUCGGUUUAGAAAAAACAGCUGUAAUUUGUCAAAAAAGAUUGUUGCUCAAACUCAAAAAAUGAUAAGUUGUCUAUUUUUUAUUUGGCAAAUACAUCAAAAUUAUAAAUUUUAAAGAUUUAAUUACAUAUUAAGAAAAAAUUGGUAAAUCAACCUCUAAUAGUAUUUGGAAUUUGUCAGGUUUAUACAAAAUAUUUUUAUAAAACAGUGAUGUUAUGUCAAAAGGCUUGUACUGUAUUUAUAAUAAUGUGUAAGUUUUGUCUCGAAGGUAAAACAAAUAAAAAAUAGUGAAUGUAUUCAGAUGAAGUGGCAUCGUAGCUUGAUGCUCAGCUUACAAACAAAGUUUCUGUGUUCAAAUCCCUAGGAUUCUAAAAGUUAUUUAUGAAACUGAAAACUGCUCAACUGUUUUUUAAUGAGUAGUUCUUAACUUUCGUAUAAUCUAUUUCAGUGACUGAAAAAAUCAGCCUGACAGGAAAAAAAUUAAUGACUUAUUUCUUGGGUUACACAAUAAUUUAUGAGUAAUCUAACAAAUACAGCUUGCCCAGGAAAAAUCUAGCAACAAAUCUAGAAGGUUUUAAUGGAAAACUGAUUGUCCGAGUUGUUGGACACAUGUAGGCCUAAUUUAUAUGACUCUGAGCCUAAUAAUUCUCCAUUUUUUAGGGACAAAUUUCCGUAGCAACCAUGGAAGUCCCUAGAAUUUGGAGCUCUGUGUAUUGUACUUUGGUUACAAAAUAUUCAUUGUUCUUCGAUUAUGUAUUUCAUAUAUUCAAUUUCAAUUCAUGCUUGUUCUUCAGUUAAUGAAGUGUGUGACGCAGUAGUAAUGUUUUGACCUUUGAGGGGAUUGGUUCAAAUCUGGUGAUGGUUAAAUUGUUUAUGUUCAUGGAUCACAGGCUUAACUCUUUCCACCCUUGAUUGGAGUAUAAAUGGAUAAUUUAAACUUAAAAUAUUUCUCAAGGAAAGAUGUUUGCAUAGUGUGUAUGGUUUAUUUGGGAAUACAGUGAAAAUUCUAGUCCGGACUAUCAAAUUUUCUUUGACGAAAAACUGAUGUAUGCCCAUAUAUGGUCGUGAUGUGCCUAUAUAUGGUCAUGAUAUGAUGUCAUCAUGACCGAAUUUGUUCUGGUAUGUCACAUGUUUUUGUGAAACAAAAAUUUGAUAGUCAGGAUAGGGGUUAAGAAACCUUCCUGAGGAAGAGAGUACAGGUAGUAAUUUGUGCUCCCUUAAUGGAAUAGUUCUUACCACCAGGGUAGUUCUUUAAAGGAAGUGAUUAGUGCAUAGAGUUCCAAUAUUAUGCACUAUAAAACAGCACAGCUGAUAUAUGAUAUUAUAUACCGCAUACUUAGAUUCUUGGCAUCUGAUUGGUUAGGAAGCGGGCAAUAACUUCAACCAUUACUCCUAUGACGUAGGUUUGAAUGAUAGUUCAUUUUUCUCCGUGGGAGAAGUACUAUCACCCUAAAUGAUAGUUCAUUUUUGCCCUGUCGCGAUGUGUAACCUGUAGGCUGCUAUGUUGCUAUGUAAUUUAUGACACGAACGGACUGUAAAGGGUACACAACCUCUACGACUCUGAGAGAGAUUGGCCCUUUUAUCACCUAGCCCUAGGAAGUAAGCCUAGGCCUACAUGGUGUGUAGUGUCUUUUCAUUACAUUCUUAGGUCUCGUAGAAUCUAUGUAUGAGGUAUGUAAAACAAAUAUUGACUGCUCUAGAUUUGGGGAAUGGUGAAAUCAUUAGCGUCUUAGGGAUGUGGAGACCGUAGCCUAUCUUUCUUCGGCCUUGGGGAAGAUAGGCUACGGUCUCCACAUUACGUCGGGGCAAUAGAUUUCACUAUUCCUCUCAUGACUAGUUGAUAUUUGUAUACUAUGGCACUCCCUAUGGAUUGAAUUGAUAAUUAUUAGAAUACAUAUCACAAAAAUACCCAUACAUAAUCAAUUAUAUACAGUAGAUUUAUUUUCGAUAAAAACAAUGUUUUUAACCUGUAUGUAAGUGUAUGUUACUCUAUCUUAACUGAUAUUAAAUUAUAUUUUUUUCUGAAUACGUACGCUGGUUUUCGAAUGGUUAGCCUCAUAUCAUGUACAAAUGUUUUGACAUUAGUUCUUUGAAUAUUAUGAUUUAACUGUUGAUUACAUUUUGUCCAUGACAAUUUAAUUAGUACAGUAUCUCAAAAUAUAGUUUUUGUCUAUCAAACAAUUGAGUAUGAA